CCCCCUCCCCGGCCGCUGUGGCUGCGGCACUCCUACAAGCAGUGGGUCCCGCAGCCGCCCCCGCGGCCCAUCAAGCGCACGCGGCGGCGCCUGUCGCGGAACCGGGAGCCGGGCCGGCUGAUCGUCAGCACCAUCCGCCUGCGGCCCCGGCAGGUGCUCUGCGAGAAGUGCAAGAACACCCUGAGCCCCCCGGACGCGGGCGCGCCGCCCCAGGCCAAGGGCAGGAGGAGGCUGAGCGUGCAGGACAAGGAGCAGAAAAAGCACAGUGACUCCGAGUGCCUGGAGAAGAGGAACAAGAGGGAGAAGAGGGAGGAUGACAAGUUUUCUGGGGAGCUGGUGCAUCGAACGCCGGUCAUAAAAAUAUCCUACAGCACUCCGCAAGGGAAGGGCGAGGUGGUGAAAAUCCCUUCCCGGGUUCAUGGCUCGGUCAAACCGUUCUGCCCGGAGCCAGCGCUGCAGAACGGAGCCGGGGACCAAGAGGAGAGCGGGGACUCUGAGCGGUGUCGGCAAAGCAAAUGUCUCAUGGACAAGUCAGCGGGCAGCCAACUUGCUUCCAUUCCAAAACUGAAGCUCACGCGGCCAGUGCAUUCCAGUGUGGAUGUCCCACCCCCAAAGAUACGGCUGAAGCCCCAUCGCAUCAACGAUGGGCAGAGCGUUUCCAUUUAUAAGGCAGAACUGAUUGACGAGAUCAGUGUGCUCCAGAGCAGCAGGGAGCCCAAUGCUGGGGCGUUUUACAGUGAUGAGCCCACCGACAGAAGCUUGGCUGAGAUGUCUUCAGGCAGCUCAGGAGAAGAUGAUGACUUUAAAAGGUUCCCCCAGGGUAAAGAUGGACAUGAUAACUUGGCUUUCCUCAUGAAUUACCGUAAAAGAAAAGCGGAUUCUUCUAGUUUAUCGGUGUGUAGCAAUGACAGCCUAGAUGAAUCCAAGUCUUCUAGUUCAGAAGUGACAUCACCAGAGCUGUGUGACUUUUUGCCUGGUGAUGAUGCCUCCGUCUCUUCAUCUUCAAAAGAUGAGCGUAAAAUUGUGCCGCCCCUGACAGUCAGGCUGCACACCCAGAGCGUGUCCAAGUGUGUAACAGAAGAUGGAAGGACUGUGGCAGUGGGGGACAUUGUCUGGGGUAAAAUCCACGGCUUUCCGUGGUGGCCAGCGCGUGUGCUUGACAUAAACCUGAGCCAGAAGGAGAACGGGGAGCCCUCGUGGCGAGAAGCUAAGGUCUCGUGGUUCGGUUCUCCCACGACUUCCUUCUUGUCUGUUUCCAAACUCUCUCCGUUCUCGGAGUUUUUCAAACUGAGGUUCAAUCGCAAGAAGAAGGGGAUGUACCGCAAAGCCAUCACCGAGGCUGCAAAGGCAGUCAAGCACCUGACCCCCGAAAUACGAGAUCUCUUAACACAGUUUGAGACAUAACUCUGCCUCCACUAUCAGGUAACAGAAGAGGAGCACAGCUGUUCUCCCGAGGUCACAGAGCCUGAAGGCUGGAUGUGCUCCAGGAGAAGCACAGGAUGGGCUCCUGCAGAGUGCUCCGUGUGCCACCUGCACAGUGACAGAGUGGGAGGCAGGACAGGCCAAAGGAUCUCUUACCUAUGAGAAUCUGACCAGUCGGCAAUGGACGAGGAGAACAGCAAAAACCACAACUCGGAAUGUAUUUAUUAUUAAAAUUAGCUAUUCUUGAUAAAAUUCCCCAGAUUACUGCUGCUGCUUAUUUUACUUACAGAUUUCACACACUUGUUAAUUUUAAAGCUCUGGAACUUUUAUUCAGUACUCUACUCUGAGAAAUGUAAUUGGGUCAGGACAUGCAAUAGAAUGAAAUCAUUGUAGUGUCUUAAGUACAAGGGGCUCACUUUGUGUCUAUUAAACCUUGGAAGAUGUGCAACACA